CGGUAUUUUAUGCUCCUGAAUGAUAUGGACCGCUUGGAUGUGUGUGGAAGCGAUCGCUAUAUUUAUUUAGUUUUUUGAAUCCCGCGCCAUGAAAAUGAGUGACUUCCGCCUUCGGUCUUGCAUUGAGGAGGAGGGCGCUGUGACGUGUACGGCUGAAGGCGUCCUCUUCACUUUCCAGGCGUACUGUUGUGUAUGAGGACUAAGGAUUCAGUUUAUUUUGCGGAUUAAUACGUUUAUUUUUCGCAUCACGCCAGCCAAACGGCUGCAGAAAAAUCUUGCUGUAUGAGGGACAGGCAUGUGCGCCUUUUUGGAGUUUCAAAAGUUUUCCAUUCACCGUGGAUAUUGGCCAAAACAAGCCCGACUACUGUGGGAACAUUGGACUUACGAGGAAAAACAACAUUACGACCAUGAAGGAUGUUUUCUUCAUACGUUCCCGGAAACCAAAAACUCAGGAGGAAAAAAUGUGAAGACCGAAUCAACUUGCACGGACUUUAACACCAGCUCGGCGAAUCCAUUCACGUUUCAUAUGCAGUAAACAUUAUGUUGGGUUGGCAUGGUCUUUCAGAGGACAAAGAGAUGGGUGACCACUUGGAGCCGCGCAUUACUCCAGAAACACCAGGGGAACCCUCAAUAAGGAAUCCUUUCGAGAGCCCCAACGACUACCUUCACCUCCGCGAGCCACUGGUGCCUAGUACAUUCGUGUUCAAGUUAUCACAAACUGCUCCCUCUGGAUUCAACUGGUCAAUCGACGAUAUGGCCAGUCUUCAUCCAGUGCACAUAGAUCAAGAGGAGAUCCAGCGACAGUCAUUUUACCUCAGCCAGACAAGGAUCGACCUCGACAUUGAAGAAAAGCGUCAGAAUGCAAUUGAACAGUUUUUUACCAAAGGAACAAUUGUGCCCUCUCCAUGGGCUUUGUCAGAAACCCACAGGGACGCCCGUAAGUCUAAGACAUGGUCUCUAUCUCCGAUGAAGGAGGAGACAGAAAAAAAAUCAGUUGCAUGUCAGACGAGGCUCUCAUUACCAGUGAGUUUGGAUUUAAGAGAACUUCUUGGGGAGUAUUACCGAAAUGAAGAAUCUGGGAGCGAUUCCUCUCAGGAGAGCUUGAGUUCUUCCUCUUUGAGGCGCAAACUCUUUCUGGAUGGCCAGGGCAGUUUAAGCAGCUCAGACAACUCCUGUCCACCUAGCCCAGAGAAAUACAAUUCCAGAAGAAGAGAAGAAAGGUCGCCGUCGACACAGGGAAAGGUUUUUGUGGGACCUGCGUCCAUCUUUUCUUCCCCUUUAUCAUGUGGUGUAUCUGCUUCAACACCCUCUACGGGUCAGUUCUCAUCCAGUCCCAUCUUGACUGGCUGCUUCCGGGACUGCAGCAGCAUCAGCCCUCUCUUCACUGAUGGGUCAUCCCGUGCUGGUGCAGCCUCUCCCACUGUUUCACCUAUCGUUGCACGUACCAUGUGCACACCAACAGGCUCAGGAAACCUGCCAUUCAGCGUCCCCCUAGAUGUGGAUGUCCCCUCCUUCACCUUGAGUCCUGGCGAAGACGGAUGCGCUCCUAUCCAUGGCUUUUCUCCACAACGGCACCAUACCAGAGUCAAACACAAGCCUCGAUUUCGUUCCUGCAUCACCCCGCCACCCAUCUGUCCCUUCCUCGACCCCAGACUCCCUUACACUCAAGAGGCUGAUGACCCACUGUCUCUCCUUUUGAUGGAGCCAGAUGACUCUGUCCUUCCAUCUCAGAACAAUAGUGGUCCUGACGCUGAUAGACUGUGCCUGGCAGAGUCUGUGAAGAUUGAAAACAGUCAGGAAACGAGGAUGGAGGGAAAGCUGGAAGACGAGGGAGACGGCGGGGGCCUUUCUGGGCGGAUGACAAGUUCGCGUAUGGGCAACAUGUCAGUCAUGGAGAGCUCUCAAAUGUUUACCUCUCUUCUAGCGGAGCGCAGCAGUAUACGCUAUGAUUCCAGUAUGCAGGUGGACAGCGGGUACCAAACAACCACAACAGGGACGGGGAGUUUGAUUGAUGGGCUCGUUUCCGAGUAUCACGGCAAAGAGUCCUUCAGCACCAACCUUGCGGAAGACGUCUCUCACCUCACGAAAGCCCCAAAAGUAAAGGUGUGGUAUCCUCAUCACUAACCUGUUUCACACUUUGAAAAGGACACCCACUUCUUAAAGCCUUUAUUAUUUUUUUUUUGCAAACGUCAGUUUGCAGAGGCAUUAAAUUUGUACAAGCUGUUAUCACACAGUGGCACUGGCAGAUCUGAAGACAAAACCACGCAAAUGUUGAUAUCGGAUAUGUACUUUGAGGUAAAUUUUAUCAAAUUAUUUUAUGUAUUUAUGUUGAUUUUUUUAUUUUUAUUUUAUUUUUUUACUUGAACAUUAGUGGUUUCGGUUCAGUAUGCCACGAAUGAGAAAUGCUAAAUGAAAUCUGCAUUAUGACUACCUUGGUCUUCAGAGUAUUGCGAUCCUGCAUUGUUUUGACUUCAUGCCUUUUAUGUAAAAAUAUCAUAGAUGAAUAAUUUGUCACCUUAUUUGAAUGCAAACAUGACAAUACUCCUUAUAGUGGUGGUUCACAGUUCAUUCCACAACAGUGUGACCAAUGUCAUUUUAAAAUUCCCUCUUCAUUGGAAACAAGACUGAGCAACACGUGUCCAUAUGCUGUUAUAUAUAAUGAAGACAUUCUGUGGUGCUGUUUUCCUGGGCAUUUCAAAAAUAAAAACGCUGUUCACCAAAUCGUGCAUUUGGUAACAUG